GCCCCGCUCCUCCAGCGGUACUGUACCGUGCAUGGCCUACUGCAGCUGCAGCUACAACUCGUGGAGGCAAGAAUGACAGCGGCGCUCCCCUGCAUGAAGACAACCUGAGCGUAAGGAAGGAUAUUUUUUCAUUUCUUCAUUUACAAAAUACCACAAUGAUGGCGCUCUUUGUUGCACCUUUACGGACACGGUUGAUCGUGCCGGUUUUUACAUUCAUGGCAGUGUGGGGAUGCGCGCUUUCCAUCACUCGCUACUCUAUUCCGGAGGAGAUGGAAGAAGGUUCCUUUGUUGCCAAUCUGGCCACCGAUCUGGGUCUGGAUGUUCGCAGUUUGGUGCAGCGCAGCGCGAAACUCGAUGUCAUUCACAGCAAAAAUUACCUUGACAUCAACAAAGAGACUGGGGAGCUGAUAAUCCGCGAGAAGAUAGACAGGGAGAGCAUAUGCAUGACUAAAACCACCUCGUGCUUUCUGAAAAUGGAUGUCAUACUAGAAAACCCCAUUCGUAUUUUUAAUAUUGAAUUAGAAAUCAUGGACAUCAAUGACAACGCGCCGUUGUUUCGUAGGAAGACAAUGCACUUGGACAUUUCAGAGGCAACCCCUCCCGGUGAGAGGUUUUCAUUGACGAACGCAGUGGAUGCGGAUGUGGGGGCGAAUUCAAUCAAAACGUACUAUCUGAGUGAAAGCAAAUACUUUAACAUUGAUAUUCAAACUGGCAGCGAUGGAUCCAAAUAUGUCGAUUUAGUGCUCAGUGGUAAUUUGGACCGGGAGGAGCAUUCAGUCCAUAAUUUGAUUCUAACCGCUGUGGAUGGAGGGGUUCCUCCCCGCUCAGGCACAGCCAGCAUCGUUAUUAAUGUGCUGGAUAUCAAUGACAACGCCCCCCUGUUCAGUCAGCCGGUUUAUGCAGUGAACGUCUCAGAGAACUCGGCUGCAGGGACAGUGGUCAUGACCUUAAACGCAACUGACUUAGAUGAAGGCACAAACGCCCAGUUAGUGUAUUCAUACACUCUGUACACCUCAGAGAAGACUCAGGAGGUCUUCUCUCUUGAUCCAAACUCAGGCGAGAUCAAAGUGAAGGGGGUGAUUGACUACGAAGAGAGUCAGAGUUUUGAGAUGCACAUCCAGGCUCAAGACAGAGGGGCAAACCCACGGUCUGGCCAGUGUAAAGUCUUACUGAAUGUCACAGACCUGAAUGAUAACUACCCAGAGGUGACCAUCAAGUCUGUGAAAAGUUCCCUCACUGAGGAUGUUGCUGUAGGAACGCUGAUUGCGGUGAUCAGUGUCAGGGAUAGGGACUCUGGAGGAAAUGGGGAAGUAGAGCUCUCUUUGAAUCAAGAAAAAACUUUACCGUUCAUUCUAAACAAAUCAUCAGAGGGUUACUUUGAGCUUCUGGUCUCAAAGCCACUGGACAGAGAGUUAAUCAGCAAGUAUGACAUCACUCUGAGGGUGACAGACAAAGGCUCGCCCCCCUUAGCUGAAAAUGAAACCAUUACCUUAGAUAUCCUGGAUAUCAAUGACAAUGCACCCAAGUUCCCCCAGUCCUUCUACACCAUCCAUGUGGUUGAGAACAAUCUACCUGGGGCGUUACUAACAUCUCUCAGCGCGUUUGACCCAGAUCUCAAUGAAAACCAGUACUUGGUUUACUUCAUCAUGGAGAAGGAGAUUGUUAACACGUCCAUGUCAAUGCUGUUCUCCAUCAACCCUGAGAACGGAGACCUAUAUGCCCUGAAGACCUUCGACUAUGAGAGAGAGAGGGACUUCCUCUUCCACAUUGAGGCAAGAGACUCUGGAGUUCCCCCACUGAGCAGCAAUGUUACAGUGCACAUCAUCAUUCUGGACCAAAACGACAACACACCCCUCAUUGUGUCACCUUGGCGGGCCCAGGGUUCAGUCGUAGAGGAGGUGAUACCCAGGUCGACGGAUAAAGGGCACCUGGUUGCCAAAGUGAUUGCAAUUGAUGCAGAUUCUGAGCAGAACUCCAGAGUCACGUAUCAGCUCCUACAGAUCACCGAUUCCACCCUCUUCAGCCUGGAUCAGUACAACGGAGAAAUCCGGACAACCAGGAUGUUCAGCUACAGAGACCCAAGAGUACAGCGGCUGGUGAUUGUAGCCAAAGACAACGGUCAACCUGCUCUGUCUGCCACAGUCACCAUCAAGAUAUCAACAGUAGAACAUGUCUUUUCCUUUUCAGAGACCACAGAGGUGCCCAUAGAGUAUGACUUCACAGACUUGAACCUGUACCUCGUGAUCGGUUUAGGGGCUGUGUCGUUCCUGCUGCUGAUAACCAUCUUGGUAAUUAUCGUGCUCAAGUGUCAGAAACCAAAACCAAAGGCCAUCAAGAUGCCCCCAGCCAACAGGAACAGCGUGAUCAGCAGGAACAGCAUGAUCAGCCAGAGGAGCUCCACCAUCGCAGAUUCCACCCUGAUCUCCAGCGAUGCCUACUGGUACAGUUUGUUCCUCGCAGAGACCAGGAAGGGUAAGGUGGUGGUGAGACAGCCCAUCAUCCCCAAAGGAGCUGGGUACUUUGUGUCCAGUAUACCCAGGAGCAUAGGGCCCAGUGAGACCACAGACUCCAGAGCAUCCACACUGGAGUACUCAAAAUGAAAGGAAGUCCAUUCUACAACUGGAGGGACCCAGAAGAGAACUGCCAUGAUAUAAUCAUCUCUUCAUGGGAGUCUCUGGAUAAAGUUUUUCCCUGUGACUCACAAAAGAAGAUGUAAAACGACUCUCCUCCCACAGUCUCACUGCUCCUUUGAUCCUCCGUACAAACAUCGACCAGGAAUCACCUCAGCUUUCUGCCUUCUUUUCUCUUUAAAGCAUGAAUCUGCAUGAUUCUACAUCAUAUUUGGAUAUAGAAUUAUAAAUCAUUUAAGGCAGGAUAUUUGGACAUACUUCUAGAGUUGCCUCAUGUAGUAAAUCACUCCCUCUUUAAUCUCCUUAAUGGACUUUUUGCCUUUUCUCCAGGGUUUACUCAAUGUGCAGUAGUUCUAGAAACCAUUGUUAGCUCAAAAUCCGUAAGUCAUGCAACAUUUCUUAAGCUAAAGUUCAAGACACGCCUAUUGAAAAUUCACUUAUGAAUCAGGGUGAUUAAGAUUCUUCCAUAACUCUGAUAAAUACUGAGCUGUAGCUGGUUCUGUCACCGAUUCAGGCUUUGCACUUGGUGUUUUUCAUCUUUGAAUAAUAAUUUGUACUGUCUACUGUUACUUGCGGAUGAAAAAACCAAUGAUCUGAUUUUACAUUUCUCAUUUUUUACGAUGUUUGUUGUACUCAGCAGUGAUGAAUGUGUGGAGAACAAAAAAAAAGAAUGAUAGAAAAUUGUAAAACAUAAAAAAUAGGAGAUACAUUAUUUCUCUUUUUAGUUGAUUGUAGAUACUGUAGUUCUAUAACGACGAUAAAGAGGUCAGAGAAGCAAAAAGACUUUUGACACCUUGGCUCACAUCAGGUUUUAUCUUAUAGACAUAUGUGCUCUUACAAAGCAUCUGAAUGGGCUGGCAGCUAUCUAGCUGCAUUGGGGAGGCACAAAUUACACAGCAAUAUGAAAUUAUCUGGAACAUGAUCAUGUUCAAAAUGUAGUCCAUCAGCUUCUUUCAGCCUGCUUCCUCCUACGAGGGGGAGGUGCGUCUUGAGAUCAAAUCUUUACUCAGAGGCAAUCGCACAUCUCAAAUUGGGGCAGGGCCAGAAUGGGCUGCAAGUAAAUCCUUCAAACUUAAUGAAUAUGAUUUUGAAAAUCAGGUGCAAAUGCCAGUUUUACUUCAUUUAAAACAAGAUUUACCUUUUUACAUUUAUAAGCUAUUAACUUACGAGCUAAUCCUGACUGAUUUUAUUAUCUCAAAGUGGGAAUUCUCAUUUGAUCAGUGCACUCAGUGCAAAUCUUAUUAAUCAGUUAAAAAGAAUAAAUUAAAAGGGACAUUUUAAAAAAUAUUUUGUAAUGAUAAAUACUCUGUUUAUUGAAAAGAAUAAGAAUAUUAAAAUGAAUUUAUCUUUGCCACGGUAUAAGGAAAUAUAAGGCCCAGGCAAGGUGUUGUUUUAUGAAACUUCAUGUUUUUAUAGAUAUUUUAUGUAUUAACUUCUUAUGCUGCUUUUGUGAGCUUCUCUAAGGGCAUUUUGUGUUGCAUAUUUGUAGUUUGGUGCGUAUGAUGUUGUUUUGAUAGUGUACAUAAGUCAAAAUAGCAACAAGAGUACUUUUCAUGACCUCAGAGGUAGCACUGUUGUGCUACUGUGAAGCCCAGGACUUUUAAUUUUCUCAGAAACAAGGAGCUUAUUAGGACUGCUCAUUAGGGUGCUAAAUGAUCAAAUGUAAUUGGGUGAGGUAAGGAGACUGGACUGUGAGAAGGGGGAACAUCGUGUUAAUUAUAGCUUCAGUAUUCUGGUGCUGACUCUGCAGUACAAAUAAAAACAACACAUACAGUGCUUAGAAGGUAUUACGCAGAUGAUAGCACAUAUGCAUUGAAUCUAAAUGUGAUAACUGCACCCACUCAGUAAUGCAGCAAGAGGGAAUAUUUCUCCAUGUAUCCAGCUACGUAAUCAGAGUCAGGGAAAUUGAGCCUCUUGUAUCCUCUCUCGCUGUUGCCGAGUGACCAGACCUAAACACAGUCGGUCCUUGAGACUAAGGAUGUCACUUUUGUGUAAUCAAUGUCCAAACCCACCAAUCCCAACAAAGAAUUUAUCUUAAAAAAUUGCACAUACGAUGAGCUCCUUGCGUGCCUUCUGCAUUGUAAAAGAUGUUUGCGACUGUUUAUGAAUGAAGUAAAGGCAUGUCACACAGUAUUACAAAUUACAGUAACCCCAAUGAUUAACUGCUGAAGAGGUGUUAAGUAGGAGCUCAGCCUUUUGGUCUCAGAGUAGAAGAACCAUUAGAUGCAUUUACUGUAAAUCAAACUGCUUUAUACUUUGGGUUUUUUAUACCGUAGACUUUUUUGAUAUCAUCUGUAUUCACUGUGAUCAGAUGGCACAGGAGGUGCUUGUGCUCAGCAUAGUAAAAGUGUGUUAUUUCUUCAUUUGUGUACACAGCUCAGUUUUUUCCUUGGCUAAUUUGCCAGUCAGAUUGUACAGUAUGCCUCGAGAGUUGCAUCAAAACCGUAAUCCAGUUCCAUCUCACUUAGUGGAUCAAAGACAGUAUGGGAGAGAAUGGUCUUGCUUUAUUUUCAAGUCAAGUUAAUUGUCGGAUUUUGAUGUUGCUUAUUUGGCUUCAAUGUUCUGCCUGAUCAUACUAGUUUGAAUAAAGCUUUUUAAUCUGU